AUGGCUGAUGAGACUACAGAUGUUGGACAUUUUGAGCAAUUGUCAAUUCUCAGGCUAUUUUUGACUGUCUUCAUGAUGUAUUUGAUACUUAUGGGAAAAGAUUGGCAUUCAGUUUUAUCAGUUUGUUUUGAUGGUGCUUCUACUAUGGCUGGUAAAAUAGGAGGCGUGCAGACAAAAUGUAAAGAACAAAAUUCAGAUAUUAAAUAUAUUCACUGUUAUGCUCACUGUCUAAACCUAGCACUUGUUGAUUCGGUAUGUGAUAAGUCAAAAAAUUCCAAAAGAAACAAAUUGGUAUUCAAUUUUUUCGGAACAAUACAAUUUACCUACAAUUUUAUUGAGAGUAGUGCAAUGAGGCAUGCAAUUUUGGAAAAAAUAUCCAAAGAUUUAGGAAUUAAGUUACUUACAUUAAAGUCAUGUUCUAUUACUCGAUGGGCGUGUCGAGCAGAAGCAGUCAAAUCAGUGCUUAAUAACUAUGAAGUUUUGCUUUUAGCCAUAGAAGAAAUUUGUGAAAGUAGUAGUGUUCCAGAAAUGUGUGCAAAAAGAAUGGGAUUGAAGUAUCAAUUAAAAAGUUUUGACUUUAUUUUUGGGCUGUAUUUAUUGAAUCCUAUAUUAAAUAUAAUAUUAAAAACAAGUUCUUUAUUACAGUCGCCAAACAUGGAUCUUGUACUAGCAGUAAACAGUGUAGAGUCUUUAAAGCAAAACUUGAUGGCUAUGAGGAAUAGUGACGAAGAGUUUAUAAAUAUUUAUCAACAAUCAGUAGAACUGUAUAAUAAAAAUCGUGUACCAGUACCAGAAGUAAUAAAUAGAAAAGUGUCAACUCAUGAACUCAUUUCUGGCAUCAACUCGAGGUUUAACCAAGAAAUUGUGCAAUUAGUUCAAGCUGUAGCAAAGAUAUUGGAAUCUGAGAUAAAAUUAUUAAAAUAUUUACCAGCUACUGAUGGUAAACCAGAUACUAAUACAAAUAAUGAAUCUAUUCACGCAUGGCUUGAUUAUAUGAAAAUAAAUAAUUACAUAAAAUCAUUUAUUGGAUUUUUCACCGUACUGAAAUUAUUCAGUGUAAUACCAGUUACAAGUUGUUCCAGCGAACGGGUAUUUUCAAAACUAAAAAUAGUAAAAAAUAAAUUAAGGAGUACUAUGCAACAAGACCGACUUAAUAGUUUAUCAUUAAUGUUUACUGAAUCAGAACUAACAUCAAGUGAAGUUAAAACUGAACUAAAUUCAGAACGGUAUGAUGAUACACUUGGUGGACAGUCAGAAUAG